AUUCUUUACUUUCCGCCGAUUCAACCUCCGUUGUGCAAGACGGAGUACUUAUAAGCGUCCAUCCCGUUAUCACAUACGCCCUUCAUCCCUCGUUAGAUCUGGCCAGCCUACUCGUCCAUCAUGCCUAUGCUUCGCACCCUCACUGCACUCUACGCUUGCCUCGCUUUGGCGAGCAGCCUGCCAUCAUCAGGCAGCACCGCCACAUGCGAUCCCCACGGCAUCUUUCGCCUCGAGGAUCCGUCUGGACAGUACCUCGAACCCGGCUCAGGAUGCAAUGACGCCGGGGGCUGCUAUGCAUUCUACAACGCCAGCAGCACCACCGGCUUCGAAUACACCAUCGAGCACGGCACCAGCCACCUGAUGAUUGCCAAAGCCCCAAAGGGCUCCAAGUCCCAAGUCGGUCUCUACGCCGACACCGGCCAGAGUGUCGUGGUCUAUGGUGGCAUUUUCCCGUUCAUCUUCUCUCCCGCCACCCCCACCCAUCUGAACUGCACCGUCAAGCCGGAUUCGAGCGGCGAUGGGACGUGCGAUUUGGAUUGUCGCGGGACUGCUUACGGGCGGCUGUUCAAGCUUCAGAGCGUCGAUCCGACCAUGGAUGGUCAGUGGUUCCUUGGACGCAAGUAUGGCGAGAUCGUCUCCAAGGCAGUGUAUACUUGAAUAUUCUCCGAGUGUCAUUGGGCCGUUGCUCGUUGUGGGUGGCUAGGAAACGGAGCCAGUGGAGACGGCGCGUCGAGAAACCGAAUCAAUCGGUCGCUUCCGUCUGGCAGGGCGCCAUGGUGAUGGCGAAUACCAGAUAGAUAU